AUGUACCGUCAAGUGCGCAGUGCGUUGGAUUUGGCCGAUUUUCCGAUUCUUUUGCCACCCGCCAAUCGCGCCGCCGUCCAGACGACAUCCCCCGCUGUCACAGCCCGCAAUUCAACCGCCUCCCACCGCCAUCCUCGCGCCCGCGGCAUAGCCCCUCGCACACGUCUACAUAAACGCGCCGUCGGGCGCGCGGCGACUUGCAUCGACGCCACCGCUUGCAUCCCCGCUCCUCUCCCUUCCAGUGCCCCCAUCGCGCCCCUCUGUCCAGCCAUGAGCGAGCCCGCGCCCGACGCCGCGCCCGACGCCGUCCCCGUCGACGACGUCGCGCACGAGCUCAACCGACAGCUCUCGAUGCAGGAGCGCGACGCGUACCCCGAGCUCACAGACGACCGUCUGCAGCGUCUGUUCGACGGGCUCGACGACCAGCAGCCGCACCAGCUCGACUCGCUCAAGCGGCUCCGUGAUCUGCAGAAGGAACACGACCAGGUCUUCACGGACUAUCUCAGGGAAAAGCAGGAGCUGGAGGAUAAGUACGAGGGCAAGAUUCGACCGCUGUAUCGGUCACGCAAGGAGGAGCUUGACGCACACCCCAUCAAACUCUUUUGGUUUAAGGCCUUCGAGCACUGCGAGGUGCUUCGAGAGAAUAUCACAGACAAGGAUGCACUCGCCUUGAAGUAUCUCACCGACGUGUCCGUGGAGACCGUCACGAAGCAGAAGGAGGUCAGCCCGAACGCGCCGCCUAGCAUUCCAAUCGGCUCGUUCACCCUCACAUUUCGCUUCGCUGACAACCCGUUUUUCGAAAACGACCACCUCACCAAGACCUACAUCAUGCAGGAGGAUGACUUUGAGGAGUUGCAGGAGGCUCGCGGGACGAAGGUUCUGUGGAAGCCUGGGAAGGACCUCACCGUGCGCACCAUGAAGAAGAAGACCAAGAACGGCCGCGUCCUCAUCAAGAAACAGCCCACAGAUUCCUUCUUCAACUUUUUCAGCCCGCCCUCGCAGGUCCUCGAGAGCGGCAGCGACGUCGAAGAGUCCGUCAUGGACGAGCUCGACGACGUCCUCGACGCGGACUUCGAGCUCGGUGACUGCAUCCGCUCCGACGUCAUCCCGCGAGCCCUCAUGUACUAUCUCAACAUCGCCGAAGUCUCAGAUGAUGACAACGACAGCGACAGCAGCACCGGUUCUAGUGGGCUCCGCGACCCCGCUGUGAAUGGCCGUGCCGCCCUGGAUGACUCGUCCGACUCGUCGGAGGAUAAUGACGAUACUGCACCGUAACAAUAAUGCUUGCCAAAGCGAUAGUUCGACGAUCGCGGUUCUUGAAUGCAUUAGUGCCCUGCUGAAGGAUCGUUUCUCGCAGAGACUCUUUCUAGUACGUGCGGGUGAAGAGGGUGCUGUUUCUUGCUUUGGUAUACUUAAUCGACUUUUUGUGUUAGACUGACUAAAGACCCAACGUUCCGAGA